UUGGGAAUCUGCAUCUCGGUCAAUCAUUGCUGUUGAAUUCGCGGGAUCCAAGGAUCAUCUUUUGCCUUUUUUGUUCCUGGGCGCCACACCAGCCCUGCACAUCCCUGCAAUAUCGACGUCAAGCUCCAGAGCUCAAGCUUCAUCCUGGAGCAAGCUGUUGCCACUUGAGCUCAUCGCUCCAGGUUAUCCCCAGCUUCUAGCUUUGCUAAGCCAUCAUUGUUUGCUUCCUUAAAAGCAAUCCACUCCCGCCGAUUCCUUUCCUUCUUUUGCCUCCCCUCCUCACAUAUCGUCAUAUUCUGUCCUUCAUCAUGUCUUUUGUACCUGUCCUCCGCCAGUGUGCGCGCCGCGCCGCUCCCACCGUCCUGCGCCCUUCUUUCACAGUCGCUGCCGCGCGUAAGAUUCACAAUGUUCCUCCUCGCCAGGACAAGCCUGGAAAGUAUGCCCAGACCGAUCCUGGUAUCGAGGUUGAGUACCCCGAAGACCACGAGCUUCCUAGCAGUGAGCCCGUCUCUGGUACUGGUGGCCAGUAUGUCAAGCCCACUCUGCCCACCUUUUCGCUUGACGGCCAUGUCGGUAUCGUCACCGGUGGUGCUCGCGGUCUGGGUCUCGUUAUGGGCCAGGGAAUGGUCUUUUCUGGCUCCAACCUUGCUCUUGUUGAUAUGAACAAGGAGGAGGCUGAGAAGCAGACAACUCUGCUCAUUGAGGCCUUCAAGAAGGAGAACCCCCGCGCUCGACGCAUCCCCAAGGUUACUGCUCACUACGCCGAUGUCUCUGACCCCGAGUCAGUUGAUGCUUGUAUCGCCGAGGUCGUCAAGGAGCACGGCAAGAUCGACAACCUCGUAACAUCGGCCGGCUUCACCGAAAACUUCGAAGCUGUCAACUAUCCCAUCGAUCGUCUGCGCAAGCUCUGGGCUGUCAACGUUGACGGAACCUAUCUUUUCGCGACCUCAGUCGCUAGGCACUUGAUGGAGCGCAAGUCUCCUGGAAGCAUGGUCAUGAUUGGUAGCAUGUCUGGCGCCAUCGUCAAUGUUCCCCAGCCCCAAGCUCCCUACAACGCCGCCAAGGCUGGCGUCCGACAUCUUGCAGCUUCUCUCGCUGUCGAGUGGGCUCAGGCCGGCAUCCGAGUCAACUGCAUCUCUCCCGGCUACAUGCUGACUGCAUUGACCCAGAAGAUUCUCGACGACAACCCCGACCUCAAGGCGAAGUGGACUUCUCUCAUUCCCCAGGGCAAGAUGGGUCAACCCCAAGACCUCAUGGGUCCCGUCACAUUCCUCCUCUCUGACGCUUCUUCGUAUGUCACUGGCGCCGAUCUGCGAGUUGACGGCGGCUACACUGUCACUUAAGUGUGCGGCAAGAGAAAAGAAGAGAAAAGAAAAACGGCCGAGAUUGUUUGUACAUGUUCCUUGGUGGGCAGGCUUGCCAGGCUAGAAGCGGGAUUGGGUUAGAUAAUGGUAAUGACAACUAAAAAACAUUCUGCCAACAAGGAACGCUCAACUGCCG